AGGAGCAUCGAGACAAUAUGCUUUUGUAUCAGAAUUUUUAGAUGGCUGAAGAUGACAGGUCACAUGCAAGUUGCACAUUACAAAGUCCAAAUAUUUAUUGCUUCACUAAGUAACAAAAAUGUUAAGGUACGUUUGACGUGCACAUGAACCGUUUACAAAGAAAUGAAACUGCAUUUCUCACAGGAACUUGCAAAAGGGGGAGGGGUAGCCAGGAACGGGCAGCAGCAGGACUUUAGAAAAAUCCGUCUGUAUGCCUGUAAAUUCAACGCUAAAUCAUCUCUAUUCACCGAAUGCAGACUAAUAGGUAUGCCAAAGGAAAAAUAUGAACCCCCGAAAUUAUAUACCAUCAUGUCAGCCGAGGAGGUAGCCAAUGGAAAGAAGUCACACUGGGCUGAAUUAAAAAUUUCUGGACGGGUGAGGAGCUUGAGUAGCUCACUAUGGAUGUUAACACAUUUAACUGCACUACAUCUGAAUGACAACAGCCUUACCCGCAUUCCACCAGACAUUGCUAAGCUCCAAAACUUGGUUUACCUGAACUUGUCGUCUAAUAAACUCCGUAGUCUUCCAGCAGAACUUGGAAAUAUGGUCUCUCUCAGGGAAUUGCUUUUAAAUAACAAUCUGUUACGUUUUUUGCCUUAUGAACUUGGACGGCUGUUCCAGUUGCAAACUUUGGGUUUGAAAGGUAAUCCUUUGUCACAGGAUAUUCUUAACCUAUACCAAGAACCCAAUGGAACAAGAAAGCUACUGAAUUAUAUGCUUGAUAAUCUAGCAGUUUACCCAGAACAACUUCCUCAAAGGCCGUGGAUCACAGUGAAAGAACGAGACCAAAUGAUCCCAACAGCUGUGUUCACAGUCAUGUGUUACAAUGUGCUAUGUGACAAAUAUGCCACAAGGCAGCUAUAUGGCUACUGUCCUUCCUGGGCACUGAAUUGGGAGUACAGAAAAAAGGGAAUUAUGGAGGAAAUGGUCAACUCUGAUGCAGAUAUCAUAAGUCUUCAGGAAGUUGAAACAGAGCAAUACUACACUCUUUUUUUGCAAGCAUUAAAGGAACGUGGAUAUGAUGGAUUUUUUUGUCCAAAAUCUCGUGCCAAAUUGGUGUCGGACCAGGAAAGGAAACACGUGGAUGGUUGUGCGAUAUUCUUCAAAACAGACAAAUUUACACUUGUGCAGAAACACACAGUAGAGUUCAAUCAGGUAGCCAUGGCAAACUCAGAAGGCUCUGAAGUAAUGUUGAAUCGAGUUAUGACGAAAGACAAUGUUGGUGUUGCUGUAUUGCUGGAGGUGAAGGAAAUCUUUGUAGGAGGUAUGGAACCUUUUCCUGAGAAACAGCUCCUUCUAGUGGCUAAUGCGCACAUGCACUGGGACCCUGAGUACUCUGAUGUGAAGUUGAUUCAGACAAUGAUGUUCAUCUCUGAACUGAAGAACAUUGUGAAGAAGGCCUCCAAUUCUGCAAAGUCAGACUCUGCUUGUGACCCUGGAUCCAUCCCAAUAGUCCUCUGUGCAGAUCUCAAUUCACUGCCAGAUUCAGGUGUUGUUGAAUAUUUGAGCAAUGGUGGAGUAGCCGAAAAUCACAAGGAUUUCAAGGAGCUAAGAUACAAUGAAUGUCUAAUGAACUUCAGUUGCAAUGGAAAAAAUGGGAACUCAGAUGGGUGUUUCACACACAACUUCCAGCUCAAGAGCGCUUAUGAAAGUAAUUUGAUGCCUUAUACCAAUUAUACUUAUGUGUUCAAGGGUGUGAUUGACUACAUUUUCUACUCCAGCACACACAUGAGUGUGCUUGGACUGUUGGGACCCCUGGACCCUCAGUGGCUCAUAGACAACAUCAUCACAGGCUGUCCUCACCCCCACAUCCCCUCGGACCACUUCACACUGCUGACCCAGCUCGAGCUCCAUCCACGCCUGCCAUCUGUCAAUGGCCUGCAUCUGCCCAUCCAGAGGUAGUGGAGCCUAACUGGGAAGACUGGAGCCUCUCCCUACAGAUAUGUACAGAUGUAAAGUCAAAAUGCAGAACUAACAGCAAGAGUGAAGUAUUGCCUUCUAACUGAUUUUUGGUAGUCAACUCCUUUUUAAUAUUUGAACUUGCAUUGUAUUUUCUUCUUCAAGCUUGUUACCAAAUUAGGAAUGGGAUUCUUUUUUUAAAAAUCCUAAAACAUGCUUGCGUUGAAUAACUAAUGUCAAUACUUUAAUUUACAGUAAAGGGAAUAAUAUUUAUAUAUAUUUGCCCUAGUUAUUGGUGCUUUUUAUUGACAAUAACAUGGGCACGUUUCCAUGAAAUCCACAUUUAGAAUAUUAUUUCGAGAAAAAAGGACUUGGAACUUGUAUGAAUUCCUCUGUAUUACUACUCUAGAUAAAAAACAAAUGAUUUACCAGUAUGCUUGGAAAAACAAUAACUAUUAAGAUUCCAACCCUACUUGCUAAGAAAAAAUGCAUUUUCUUAUUGCUUUCAGUGUCUAUUUCUAUAUGCUAUGCAAUUUUUACAUGUUAUUUUUACUUACUAGCAGUGUGAGAAUAAAGCAGACCAUUUUCACUACUGCAGUCUUGUGAGGUGAAAUUGUAGCAGUUUAAUGAAAAAGAAAAAUUGUCUAAUAGGUUUCCAGCAAAGGAGUUCUUCUCUCCAAUUUUUGUCUUUCCCAAGUGAAGUUAAAUCAAUAUUCAGCUUUAAAGGGCACUUUAUCAACAAUGAAAUAAACACUGUUAUGUCUUAUCUUUGGGACAUUUUUAAUGAAGAGGCUUACUACACCUUGAACACAUUUAAAUAGGUUUAAAUUCUAUACACCACAGUAAUCAAAAUAGUUGCCAUGGCAUCUAAAGUGUACUUGAUAAUUAUUCAGGUAACUAGAAAUGUUCGCAAUCUUUCUUUUUGAAGGUUCACUUAAUAUCCAGCAUUAGUAUGAUAAAGAAGAAAAUGUUACUCUACACUUUAUCAUUGUUCACAAAUAAUGGAUAUUUUAGUACAGUUGAUAUGUAUAUUAAAAAUGUUGUCAGCUUGGAUGUGAACACAUUAUUAGAAUCUAUUAAUGUGGACAAUAGAACAUGCUUUGCUUUUGUAUGUGAUUUGUUACCGAGGUUGUAGAAAUAUAGGAUCUAAUGAAUAAAUGAGCCAGUUAUUCAGAUUUUACAACAAUGUAAUUUUCUUUUUAAAUGGUCUCAACUGUGUUAUGGCUGGGAGAUUUACUGGGUGGUAGGUAGGUGGAGACGAUCAAAGGGUUUAGUGUUUUUAUCCUCGUUAAUUAACUCCUCGGUAAAUAAAGAUGUUCACUCCAGGUUAAUGAGAUAGAUUCCCAUUCAAUCUGGGGCAUCUAGAUUUAUGGAAAGAGAGCCUGUGUCCUAAAUAAAGAAGAAUAUGAUGUAGAGCUAACAUCUCCCGAUAAAUUCGGAUGCUCCUAAGUGAAUGGAGUGGAUAUCUUCCUCUUCUAAAAAUGCAUCACUAACCUGGAAAGAGCAUCUUUAGCUUGAAAUUUCCUGCAAUAACAGAAUGGCAAGUUCUCUUGAACAACGUCCAGAAACUUAGCUUAUAUCUGGUCUCCAAGAUUGAUGCGAACAAGGUCCCCUUGCUUGAUACACCUCUCUUCUUCUUUUGUCUUCCUUUUCUGUCUGUUUUUCUCUCUCUGCUUCUGCCAACCUGUCUUGUCAUUGCUUUGAAGCACAAAUGUUAACCCCCCCAACCAUAACAGCUAGAAAGUUUCAGUUGGGGGAUUGUUUUUGUUUUGAAUUUCAGCUUCUACAGCAAUACAGUUUAGCCAAAAAUAUUUUCUUACACUUUUGGGGUUACUUUUGCUUUGUGAUAAUCUUGGCAUCAAACCAAUGUUUUUAAUCUGUUCAGAUUUUUUCUUUCUAAUUUUGAUCUUACGAAUAAAACGUCUUUGUUAUA